AUGCCUUCCCCCGAGACUCUGCCCAAGAGUGUCAAGGUACGGUCCACCUGCAACGCGUGCCAGCAGGCGAAGAUUCGCUGCAGCCACGAGAAGCCGUCGUGUCGAAGGUGCCAGAAAAACAAGAUCGAAUGUAUCUACAGCGUGUCUCGACGGUUGGGCCGGCCUGCGAAGCGGAAAGAGGCUACAGCAGAAGACAAACAGCCGACGCAGCAGCAGCAGCAGCAUCAGGGGAAACAACAAGAGGUUGGAAAAGGGACACCGCCCCGUCGGAAGGGGAGGGGGUUUGCGAGUCCGGCAAGCGAGGGAGAGGGAAGGAGAGACGAGAGAGCGAUGAAUGGGGCCUUGAUCGGGGACUUGAACACGCCGGUCGUGAAUACAGAUCCGCUCGACUUGACCGACAGCUGGCUGCCGGACCUCUCCCCUCUGGACGUGGAACCGAGCUCGAGGUUCGAGGCAGCGAUUGCAGCGAUUUCCACUGGCCUCAAAGACCCUGUUCCCUUCCCUGGGUUUCCUGCGACGCCGGAGAUGUUGAACGAACACACGAGAUCGUUUUCGUUGGAGGGUACCACUGCUGCUGCUGCUGCUCCCGCCACGGCUCUCCCCUCUGUGAUGAUGGACUGGGACUUGGGCAGCACCAGUUACUCCUUGGACAUGUUGACACCCGUGGGAGACCCGCAUAGCUUUCUCGUCGACGACCUCCACGAGACGAGCAACGAGAUCCUCACGGAGAUGUGGCUGCAACACGCGACGACUUCAUUUGCAAACACGCACGCUACAGACUCUACGAGCUCUACGACAACUGCCACAUGCCACUGUUAUGAAACGAGCGUGCGCGAGCUGCUGCGGAUCAACAAUACAUGCACGCCGGCAAAUGGACCUUGUACGAUUGACGCCAUCCUCACCUGUCAAAAGGCGCUGCAGCAGCUGGGGCAGAAAGUGCUGCGGUGCGCGUGUGCAAGGGUCCGCGCCAACCUGCUGAUGAUCAUCAUCGUGGAGAUCGACAGUCUAGUGACGGCAAUCGAAACGCAGACCCUGUCGUCGGCAUCGGCAUUGUCAUCCUCUCCGCCUUCUUCCUCUUCUCCUUCGCCUUCUUCUUUCCCCUUUCUUCACAGCGGGGGCGGUAGGGAGUUCAAACACAGUAUUGUGGACAGCUGUCCCCUUUCCAUCGGCGGGUUUCGUGUCUCGACCGAGGAAAAGAUCUAUUUUGUCCGGCAGAUCCUGCAUGCCCGGCUGGCUGGGCUGUUGACGACGGUGCGGCGUAUCCGAGCCUGUGCGCAGCAGGUCUGGACCGGCUCCUCACGAGGGAGGCUCUUGAUGAUUCUCGAGACGGACCGGCGCCUGCAGCUGCUGAUGGUACGGCUAGAGUAA